AUGGAAGGCUCUGCCUCAGAUGUGCUCAACGGAGAGAUGAUGAUUCCGGCACAGUUGCACUUAGCUGUAUACAUUCAGGAGAAAUUAAGGGUUCCUCACCACGAACUUCAUCGAUUACGCGAUCAAGACUUUAGGUUCUGGAUUUCCCAGAAAAAGCUGUCCUUGGUUCUUGAUUUAGACCCCACACACACACUCCUGAAUUCAACUCCGAUCAAUGAGCUUACCGAAAACGAACGUUUCUUGAAAGGCCCUGGAGAAAAUCUACCUGAUGUUAUAAAGAGCAGCAUAUACAGACUAGAUUCUAUGCAACUGAUGACCAAGUUAAGACCUUUUGUCCAUACUUUCCUGAAAGAAGCAAGCAAGAUGUUUGAUAUGUAUUUAUACACAAUGGGGAGUCGAGAUUACGCGUUGGCGCUGGCAAAGUUGCUGGAUCCGAGAGAUGAGUAUUUCAGGCGCAAAGUGAUCGCGAAUGAGGAUAGCACCCGGAGAGAUCGGAAGGGUCUUGACAUGUAG